GCUAAUAUUUCAACGCGAGUCGUUUGGGUUGGCCCGAGUCGUCCGAGCCCCGGGACCGGCUUCACGGCCCCGAUUUUACGCCUUGGCACGGACAUACGGACCAAAGCGGACGAAAUCCGGACGAAAAAGCGGAUGAAAAUGGGACCAUGAUGCUGCAACUACGCAAAAGCUGGAUCUCUUCUGAGUUGGCCCCCACAGCUAGCAAAACCGUUAAAACUGCUCAGGGCGAAGAUGAGGGGCCAGUGAGGAACUCACUCGUUAUCACUACUUGUACAGCAAAGAUCUCGCAUCCAUACAUAUCUUCCGCCUAGAAAUUUAGGCACCACAGCUCGGAAGCCAUAGCUCCUCUCUCCACCAUUAUCAAAGCCCCAGCCCUCCAUGUCUCGCAGGUGGAUCUUGACUGGCCAAAGCGGCUUUGAGACAAGCCUCAAGUACGAGGAAGACGUACCGCAGGCCGAUAAGUUGGCAGCUCACGAGGUUCUGGUGGAGCUGCACAGUGCUAGCUUGAACUAUCGCGAGCUCGCAAUCGCAGAUGCGAAGGGUACGGCAGCCACCGCCGGCGCGAUUCGACAACAUGUCGUGCCUGGUUCUGAUGGUGCCGGCAUUGUCAAAGCGAUUGGCAGUUCCGUAACGGCUUUCAAGAUCGGUGACCACGUCGUCACUCACCUAGCUCCUAAGCAUGCCGAGCGUUGCGGUGAUGAUGAAUUGCCGAUCUACCAGGAUAUCGUGGAAGGUCUUGGCCAGACCAUCAAUGGAACUCUACAAUCAGAAGGCAUAUUCACAGAAAGCGGGCUUGUUCAUGUACCCAGAUCUCUCGGCUGGCCAGAAGCUGCAACUUUGACUUGCAGUGGCCUCACAGCAUGGAACGCACUCUUUGGCCUCAAAGGCAGAGAACCCCGUUCCGAUACAUGGGUGCUCGUCCAAGGAACAGGCGGUGUGAGCAUUGCCGCUCUUCAGCUGGCAGUAGCUGCUGGGGCUACUGUUGUCGCCACGACUUCGUCCGCAGAAAAGGAGGAGAAGCUGAAGGCACUCGGCGCGAGCCACACGAUCAGCUAUCGAGAAAACCCCAAAGACUGGGGUGUCAAGACGAGGAACUUCACACCGAAUCAGGCUGGCUUCGACAUUGUUGUCGAUGUUGCCGGCAACGACUCACUUUCUCAAUCGCUCACCGCAGUGAAUACAAACGGUGUGGUUGUCUCUGCAGGCUUGGUCGGAGGCAAAGCCGAGGUUGUGCCCAUGCUGGCUGCUCUCAUGCGUCCAUGCAUUGUCAGAGGUGUGAUCUUGGGAAGUCGGGCACAAUUCCGAGAUAUGGUUCGUUUCAUCGAGGAGAAGCACGUCAAGCCGGUCGUCGAUGACACUAUUUUUGAGCUCGCGGAGGCAAAGGCUGCUUAUGCGCGAUUGAAGGAGAAGAAGCAUUUCUCGAAGAUUGUUAUCAAAAUUGACCACUGAUGUGUGCACUGGCCGAGUUCAAGUAUAAAUAGGCGCAAACUGUUUCCAGUUCCUGAUAGACUCCUCAAAUAUUCGAGGAGCUUCCAUUGUCCUCGGAAUCCGAUUUCCCUAAAAUCCCACACGAACGCCGGCCAUUGCUGUAUGAGAGUUCUACACGGGUUGUUGCCGUUACGCUUAAAAUGUACCAGGCAAGAACUCAACUUAGAACAUGGAGGGAUAUCCCUUCCAUCUGUGAAGCUGUCAGAUGGAAUCGGUAAAAGAACGCG